GCCAGGCGGAAGUGGGCGGAGCGGAGAGGGGAAACCGUGCUCCUUUCCGGUGUAGGGCAGAGUUGAAGAACGACAAAGGAAAGACGAGUCGGUUGUGAGGAUGACGAGGCACGGCAAGAACUGCACCGCAGGUGCUGUCUAUACCUACCACGAGAAGAAGAAGGACACAGCGGCCUCAGGCUAUGGAACCCAGAACAUUCGACUGAGCCGGGAUGCCGUAAAGGACUUUGACUGCUGCUGCCUCUCCCUGCAGCCCUGCCAUGAUCCUGUCGUCACCCCAGAUGGCUACCUGUAUGAGCGUGAGGCAAUCCUGGAGUACAUUCUGCACCAGAAGAAGGAGAUUGCCCGGCAGAUGAAGGCCUACGAGAAACAGCGGGGCGCCCAGCGAGAGGAGCAGAAAGAGCUGCAGCGGGCAGCAGCGCAGGACCAAGUGCGGGGCUUCCUGGAGAAGGAGGCGGCCAUCGUGAGCCGACCCCUCAACCCUUUCAUGUCCAAGGCUCCCUUGGGGACCAGCCCAGGUGACAGGGAGCGAACUUAUGAUGCCCAACCUGGGCCCAGCGGGUGUCCCCCAAGCAAGGACAAAGUGCUGCCCAGCUUCUGGAUCCCGUCGCUGACUCCCGAGGCCAAGGCCACCAAGCUGGAGAAGCCGUCGCGCACGGUGACCUGCCCCAUGUCGGGGAAGCCGCUGCGCAUGUCGGACCUGAUACCUGUGCGCUUCACGCCGCUCGACGGCUCGGUGGACCGCGUGGGGCUCAUCACGCGCAGCGAGCGCUACGUGUGCGCAGUGACCCGCGACAGCCUGAGCAACGCCACGCCUUGCGCCGUGCUGCGGCCUUCUGGGGCCGUGGUCACCCUCGAGUGCGUGGAGAAGCUGAUUCGGAAGGACAUGGUGGACCCAGUAACUGGAGACAAGCUCACAGACCGCGACAUCAUCGUGCUGCAGCGGGGCGGCACAGGCUUCGCGGGCUCCGGAGUGAAGCUGCAGGCGGAGAAGUCGCGGCCCGUGAUGCAGGCUUGAGUGCGCGGGGGAGACCAAAUAAACCGGCUUGGGUGUGCAUGGACGUGUGGUGCCUUCAUUUGCCCCCAGACGUGGUAGGCAAGGAAGCCGCUCCGACGGCAUGCACGCUGGAAGGACUCGAGUUUGAAAGAGUGGGCCAGGAAUGUUGAAUGCGGUCUCACGCUAAGACAAAGGCAUAGCAUUAAAAUCGGUUAAGAGUAGCCAGAA